UGGUGACUUGGAUGCAGAUGGAAUAAUUCCAUCUCUUUUAAAUGUAUAAAGCGGAAGUACAGCCAAAAGAGCUUUGGACGUGAUGACGUUUGGGCAAAAACAGUGACUGUCCCAAAUUUUGUACCGCCCAGAAUUAGGCACCUUACGAGCUAUAGCGUGUAGGAUAUGGAAUUGCGGUGGUGGGCUGUGGUCUUGUGGCCAACGAUUUUGCUUAGAGCUUAGCUCGCAGACGCGUCAAAGACCGCACACGCGCAUCGCUAGCGUUGAUGCGGCUAUAGCAUUAAGGCUUGCCCAUAUGAGCCAAGGUUCGGCCUUCAAGUUUAGUUGACUAGACUGCAUGCUUUGUGGACGUCGCUCGGUUUCAACGACGUUUGUACUCAACUUAGUUGAACAGCGGAACACCAAUCUGAACCCUUGUCUCCAGCUGCAAGAUGAACAGCGUUAAUAAAAGAACUCAAGGAGCUUUCGCAACAGAAGGGAGCCAGCCGACCCUACUAUACCUGCGCAAAGGCCUGCCGCGGCGAUUCUUCUGCUACCUCAGUUGGAGCAUAAUCAGCGAUCCUGUGCUGGACCCUUCGGACGAUAGGGGCCGCCCAGCGGACCGUGCUGCUUUCGAGACAUGCUCGCGGCACAAUCGCGCAACAGGUCCACCCAAUUUGUCAACUGUUACGCGGUACAAGGCUGAAAUUGACGCCUGGCUGGCGGUAAACGCCACCGUGGUCCCGGCCAAGACAUCCCCUGCCGAGCCGUCUACGCAGCCUAAAUGGUGGUCUUGUUGGAAGGCCCUAGAGGUGCCGCCCGUGGCUUCCAGCCCACCCUGCUGGGUUCCGCAGCCUGGUCAGGAGGCCCCAGAGCUGUCCCAGCGGCACAUAACCGCGGCUGCCGUACCUGCGGAGCACUUCUGCCCCCUGGCCCGUUGCGUGAUGCGUGAGCCGGUGCGGGACUGGCGGGACCCCGAGCACGUGUACGAGCGGUCCGCCAUCACCGCCUUUGUACGGCAGCACGGGUGCAACCCGGUCACCGGCCAGCCCAUGUGCCUGGACCACCUACGCCGAGACGCCUUUGAGGAGGAUGCCAUACGCGACUGGGUUGCAGAAAACACAACAACAACUUCCUUCUCGGGCGGGGGCAGAGGGGACAGCGGCAGCGGAGACGGGCAGGCAGCAGCGGGGCAGGGGCGGGCGGGCCAGCAGCCAGCAGCGGCCGUGCUAGCCACGGCAGCAGCGGCAGCAGCCGGUGGCGGUGCGGGACCCUCCGUGCCAGUGACUGCAGCGGCCCUUACUGGGGCGGCGGGCGGGGACGGGGGUGGCAACAUGGCCCUCCCACGUGCGGGCGGGAGCGCGGCCGCUGCUGCUCCUGGAGCUGCUGCUGUUACGGGUGACGCGUCCAUUCCCUUGACCCCCUCCCGCAAGUGCGAGGACCCGCUGCAUCCCCCGCUGGUGGGCCCCUCCUACUCGCUGAGCCUGUCCAAGCGCCGCGCCAGGAAGUGGUUCGGGGAGGGCUGCGAGGGUCGCACGCUGCGAGUGCGGGUGGUGUUGGACGAGCAGCUGCAUCCCGGCGAGCACUCCGUGCAGCUGUGCUUCAUGUGGCCCGAGAAGCGCUUCCACCUGGCGCAGCUGAGCCGGGUGGCGGAGGGCUGCCACCACCUGGGUUGGAGCUGUGUGGCGGGUGGGGUGCUGGUGCUGUACCUGAGGUCGCCCGGGGAGCAGCUACGCAGGGUGGGGGAGGGGGCGGCAGUGCGAGAGGGGAGGAAAAGGCCGCUGCAGAGGGGGCAGGGCGAUGCGGCUGUGGAUGCAACGGCCAGAGGUUUGAAAGCAGCAGGCGCUGCGGCUGCAAGUUUGCAUGGUGCGAUAGGGGGCCAGCAGCAGCAGCAGGGUGUCAGGGGGCUAGGUGGCGACCAGCAGCAGCAGCCAGCUGCGGUGGCCCCACCCCAGCCUGCUCCAGCCGUUGCAGCGGGCGGCAGUGGUCAGGGAGGUGCGGGGGGCAGCGGCGGUGCUGCAGCGGGCAUGGUGCAUGGCGGCGGUCCCACCACUGGAGGCAUGCCCAGCAGCGGUGGUGGGCUUGGCGGCGGCAAUGCCUGCGCACGUCCUGAGGAUGCUGGGGCAGGAGCAGCAGGCAGCGGAGUGGCAGCAGCUGCUGCUGCUGCGCUGGGGACUAGCGGUAGCCACGGAGGUGCAGGCGGCAGCGGUGUCAGGGACCAGGGCGCUGCGGGUGCUGCGGGUGCGGGUGCGCCUGCUGGCUCCUCGGACAUCCUACUGGACCCCAUGCACCCCUGCAGGAAUCCCCUGCGGCCGCCGCUUAUCAAGGGAGUAAGCUGGUUGCAGUUGUCAUCAAAACGAACCGAGGAGUGGUUCGGCUCUGAUGCCGCAUCCAAGGACAUUCGGACGAAGGUGGUGCUAGACGGUCAGGUGCAGCCUUGGGAGUGCACGACCAGGCUCAAGCACUAUCCGUCGCAACAAGUAUACAAGGUGCAAGGUUUGGGCUGUGUAGUGGGCACUUACCUCCUGGGCUGGAGCCGCAUCCGGGGCGGUGUGUUAGUUGCGCACCUGCGCUCGCCUGGACUGUCAGCGCAUGCAGAAGCAGCACCCGGUGUGGGUAGUGGCAAUGGCGGGGCCGCUGCUGGCGGCGCAACCGCUGCUGCAGGCCAGGACACGGCCAACAGGGUGACAGGUAUAUCGCAGGGCUACCGGGAGAGGCUGUUCCGCCGCGGCAGCCUGCUCAUUCACGCUGACCAUGCCCGCCAGUGGUUUGGUGACGCCACCUGCAGGACCGACGUCCCCGUCGUGGUUGAGAUGGACGGGCGGGUGCUGGCGCAGACGUUCAAGGUGAGGGCGAGGUUGGCCUUGCGCGGCUACUUCAGAAUCGCUGGCACCGAGCUGCACAGGGCCGCGGCCGGCAAGUGGUUCCUGGGCUGGUCGCGCCCCUCCCCUGGCGGCCCGCUGCACCUGCUGCUGAGGACAGCCACGCAGCAGGAGGUGGCGGUGGCGGAGCGCUUGCGGCACAAGAAGCGGUCGAAGAAGCGGCGUUCGGGUGCACAGCUGCGAGCCAACGAGGAGGAUUGCGAGGAGGAGCACAGCGCAGGGGACAAUGUUGAGGAGGAGGAGGAGGAGGGCGAGAAGGACAACGCGGACGGCAGGGACGGCGGUUCUGAUGUCGGAGGGGGUUGGGUAGAGGAGGUCACAGGGGAGGAGGAUGCGUCCCGGGAGGGCCACAGGGGCGGCGGGCGGCAGUGCAAGCGGAGCAGGCGGUCUGUGCAGCAGGGGCCCGGCUCUGCUGCCGGCGGUGUGGGCGGGCCGUGAACCUGCACAGUCGGGGUGGUGGGGUGGGGGUACCUUUGGCGCCGUUUGAGGUUGCAGGUGUCAUACACUGCUCGCAGUGUGCGAGUUGUCUGCUGCAAAUAAACCACCUACUGUACUUGGGUGGGUGCUAAUGUGGGACCAGCUACUAAACGCGGCCUUGAAGGAUGUUGCCAACAAGGCAACGGGCAAAACACGCGUAUCGUUGCAGGUUAAUUGCAGUGCAGCAUCCAGCAGGCCUGCUCCCGACCAAGGGCGAAGCGGGCAGGCUCGUCCCCGUGUGCCCGCCAGCGCCCCAACCGGGCUGCAAGGGGGGCCGUCAGCUGUCCUGUGUUGGCGUGUACUGCUGGCAUGAGACGUGGGUAUGGGGGUGUAGAGCGGCGGGAGGCCGCCGCAGUAGGCUUGCCAGGUGGACCGAGGGGACUAGGGCAAGGCUGGUAAAGUUGCAUGUCUGCAGAUGUAUCAUGUUGCGUUGCCUAGUUUCGAACGUUGCGCUGCCUAGUUUGGCGGAUAUGAGCAGCACAUGCUUACCUCUUAUUUGCUUUGCACGCAUGCUGCGUCUAUACAGCACUGCUGCUGAGAUAGCUGCGGUGGGGCACUGCAAAUGUGGGAGGGCACCCCUGCCGUGGUGCGGUGUGCACAUGCUAAUCGUGUCAGGGCCAAUGGCUGUCGCUGUCCUAAGCCCUAACGAACCCUAACCGCUAACAAACCGACGGCAAAUCCACCUAGACGGCAUCCAGACCUGACAAUCGGGCUGCAAUGGGAGGUGUCUACUGCGGGCCGUUCACUUUUGCAGCUGUGGGUCCAGAGACACAUGGAGAGGCCAGAGGCGGUUGCUCUGUGCCCAGAUGGAUGGCAGGGCAGCCGGGUACGUGCACUGGAGGUGGGGCACUUGGACGCACGCCCUGUAACGUCACACAGAUGCGG